CGAUGUGAUCGACAAAUGUUGCCCACCGCGUCUUGAGGAACUUUUUGAUCACUGUACAAAGCCUUCUUGAUACACGCCACCACACACUCGGUUCUGCAGCAUAGACUAUGCCAGACGACUCCUCGCCUUUGGGAUCCGUUUGUUCAUGCACAAAUGGCACCAAUGCCGCCAAAGAAGAAAGCUGACGGCGUGGUCGGCGCCGUCGGACAGACUGCUAAGAAACCGCUUCCCAAGGUGAAAACACUACCGCGGAAGUCCACGGCCAAAGAUGCUUCUGGGAAUGACCCUUCUGUGGCGUCUGAUGCCCGAACAGCGGCAGAUGAGUCCAAGUCAGAAAAGCACCAUCAGAACCGCAAGCCCUCCCACCACACAGACAGCUUCGAUGCGACCCUCGAGCCUUUCUAUUAUGACAAGUCCCUGACAGAUCCUAUCGAUACCGCUCGUGAUAAAUGGAACCUCUUGCCGGCAUUCCUCAAAGUCAAAGGGCUGGUAAAACAACAUAUCGAAUCCUUCAAUCACUUUGUCGAGGUGGAAUUGAAAAAGAUCAUCGAAGCAGAGCCUGUAAUUACAAGCGACAUUGACCCAGAUUUCUACAUCAAAUACCUAGACAUCCGUGUCGGGAAGCCGUGCAGAUACGAUGAGAUGAUUCCGGUGGAUUCAAAAGAUCAAUCUACAGUAACGCCCAACGAGUGUCGGCUACGCGAUAUGACAUACGCAGCCCCUAUUCUGGUGGACGUCCAAUACACAAAGUCCAAAGUUGCAUAUCGGCGGAGAGGUCUACAGAUCGGCCGUAUGCCUAUCAUGCUGCGCAGUGCCAGAUGUGUUCUGGCAGGCAAGUCGGAGGCAGAAAUGUGCGGAGUGGACGAAUGCCCGCUCGACCCUGGUGGUUACUUCAUUGUGAAUGGCACAGAGAAGGUGAUUCUGGUCCAGGAACAACUCAGCAAGAACCGCAUCAUUGUUGAGGCCGACCCAAAGAAAGAAAUCAUUACUGCUUCAGUUACCAGUUCCACUCACGCCAGGAAGUCGAAAAGUUACAUCUUGCUGAAGAAAGAUUUGUUGUACAUGCGACACAAUAUUUUGAACGAAGAUGUCCCGAUCUGUAUCCUACUCAAGGCAAUGGGUGUUACAUCGGACCAGGAUAUGUUGGCCAUUGUUGCAGGAAAGGAAGGUGUUUUGCAGGACGAUUUUUCGGUCAAUUUCGAAGAGACCAUCAAACACCGGAUCUACACUCAGCAGCAGGCACUCGACUACCUCGGAGCAAGGAUCAAAAUCACGCGAAAGCCGACACCCUUCGGCCAGUCCCGCAGAAAUUAUGUUCAGGAAGCAUUGGAGGCUGUCAGCAACGUCUUCAUUGCCCAUGUGCCGAUUGAAAACCUCAACUUCCGACCCAAAGCCAUCUAUGUGGGGCAUAUGGCACACCGUGUCCUCAUGGCCAAGCAGAACCCUGCAUUGGUGGAUGAUCGGGACUAUGUUGGUAACAAACGACUGGAACUGGCUGGUCAGUUACUGUCACUCCUUUUCGAGGAUUUGUUCAAGAGUUUCAACUAUGAUGUCAAAUUGAACGUGGAUAAAGUGCUGCGGAAGCCAAAUCGGACCGAGAUGGCUGAUCCGUGCAAUACAAUCAUGGCCCAUGCUGGUCACAUCACACAAGGCAUGAACAGAGCAAUCGCUACCGGCAAUUGGAACUUGAAACGCUUUCGCAUGGAUCGUGCAGGAGUUACUCAUUUGUUGAGUCGGUUGAGUUUCAUUGCCUCGCUCGGCAUGAUGACUAGAAUAUCCAGUCAAUUCGAAAAGACAAGAAAGGUCAGCGGACCGCGUGCUCUGCAGCCAUCAUCUUUUGGUAUGCUCUGCCCAGCAGACACACCCGAAGGUGAAGCGUGUGGACUGGUCAAAAAUCUUGCCCUCAUGACCCAUAUCACCACCGAUGACGAGGAAGCACCCAUCAAGCGUCUCAUCUUCAUGCUCGGUGCGGAGGAUAUAGUCUCUGUGGGUGGCGCGGAGCUGUAUGCACUGGGUCAAUACCUCGUCCUGCUGAACGGAACCCCUGUGGCGACUACGCGGCAUCCCUCCCAUUUCCUGACCUCCUUUCGACGGUUGCGAAGAUCUGGCCGCAUCUCCGAGUUCGUGUCAAUCUUCAUCAAUCAUCACCACAACACAAUUCAAGUUGCCACGGAUGAAGGACGGAUAUGUCGACCUCUCAUUAUUGUUGAGGACAAGAAAUCCAAAGUCACCAAAAGAUAUCUCAAAUCACUUCGGCAGGGAUCUAUGGACUUUGACGACUUUCUGGCUCGCGGCCUUGUGGAAUAUCUCGACGUCAACGAGGAAAAUGACAGCAACAUUGCUAUGUAUGAGACGGAUAUGCAUGCUGCCACUACGCACUUGGAGAUCGAACCAUUCACAGUCCUCGGUGCGGUUGCUGGCUUGAUCCCAUACCCUCAUCACAAUCAAUCACCUCGAAACACGUACCAAUGUGCUAUGGGUAAACAAGCCAUUGGGUUUAUUGCCAACAACCAAUUCCUCAGAAUUGACACAUUGCUCUACCUCAUGGUUUAUCCUCAAAAACCACUUGUCAAGACGAGAACCAUCGAAUUGGUCAAGUACGACAAACUGCCAGCUGGUCAGAAUGCCACAGUUGCGGUCAUGUCAUACAGUGGAUACGAUAUCGAAGACGCACUCGUACUCAACAAGGCAUCAGUGGAUCGUGGCUUUGGCCGCUGUCAGGUUCUCCGCAAAUAUCCGGUGCAGCUAAAGUCCUAUCCCAAUCGCAGCCACGACGAUUGUUUUGGACCAACAAUCGAGAAUGGCGCCGCAAUCAAGGCACAUGCCCUACUCGAUGGGGAUGGCCUUGCUUCAGUUGGUGCCAAGGUCAGUCAGGGCGAGGUCUAUGUCAACAAAUACGUGCCUGAAAAUGCCAACUCCUCUGGGCUGUCCGACGCUGGAUCCAACAGUGGCAAAGGGUUCGUAGCACAAGCUCAGAAGUACCGCUUGCCUGACCCCAGCUACAUCGACAAAGUGAUGAUGUCGGAGGUCGAGUCAGGCAGUCGGCUGAUCAAGAUACAAACUCGACAAACAAGAGUUCCCGAAGUCGGCGACAAAUUCUCCUCCCGUCACGGACAGAAAGGUGUCGUUGGUAUCAUUGCUGAGCAGGUCGACAUGCCAUUCUCGGACCUUGGGAUCACACCCGACAUUAUCAUGAACCCUCAUGGUUUCCCGUCUCGUAUGACGGUGGGCAAAAUGCUAGAACUGGUCUCGGGCAAAGCUGGUAUCUUGAAGGGCAAAUUCGAAUAUGGCACCGCGUUUGGGGGCAGCAAACUGGAAGACAUGUCCCGAGCUCUCAUUGAGUCAGGCUACAGCUAUGACGGCAAAGAUUAUCUAACGUCCGGAAUCACGGGCGAGCCUCUCCCAGCAUACGUAUUUACAGGCCCGAUCUACUACCAGAAGCUCAAACACAUGGUUCAAGACAAGAUGCACAGUCGUUCGCGGGGUCCUAGGGCCAUCCUCACACGGCAGCCGACGGAAGGUCGUUCGAGGGAUGGUGGUCUGCGUCUCGGAGAAAUGGAGCGAGACUGUCUUAUCGCGUACGGCGCGUCACAAUUGCUGCGAGAGCGACUGAUGCUGUCCAGCGACAAGCACGAGGUGGAUGUGUGCGAGUCUUGUGGCUUCAUGGCGUUCGGCCGGUGGUGUCAGCGCUGCGCUACGGCAGGCGAGACGGGAUCGAAUGUCGUCCGCAUGACGCUUCCGUAUGCAUUCAAGCUUUUGCUCAAUGAGCUGGGGAGCAUGAAUGUGAACACCCGCUUGAUCGUGUCCGAUGAGUUCCCAUCUGAUGGGUCGAGGAGAGCUUGAGGUGGAUCCUGACGGCCAUGGGAUCGUGACAUUAUAUGUCACGACAGGCGGUGGUUGCAAAGCAGGCCAGCCAGACGUACGAUUGUUCAACGAAAGAAGGAACGAGGCAAUCAGAUCUGCAUGGCAUGGUAGUAUUGCAUAGCGAGGGGCGAGUUUGCUGAUUUCAAGCAUGUGUACCAAGACUAGAUGAUCACGAAUGCAUCAGCGAAGGCGCAAUUCGGUUUGCGAAUGAAAUCUUUAGGUAUCUCUUCAUUGUACAGCUCAUCACCACACGUCUACUGUGACUCAAAUGAACUCUUUAUACCAA